UAAAUCUAAUAUGUAUUGGCUUCCUGCUAAUGUGGUGCAGCUCUACAAACAGCAUAGCUUUAACUGCUUACACAUAUUUGACAAUCUUUGACCUUUUCAGUUUGAUAACAUGUCUAAUAAGUUACUGGGUAAUGAUGAAGAAACCCAGCCCAGUCUAUUCAUUUGGGUUUGAAAGGUUUGAAGUUCUAGCUGUAUUUGCAUCUACAGUUCUGGCACAGCUUGGUGCUCUUUUUAUACUGAAAGAAAGUGCAGAGCGGUUUCUGGAACAACCUGAGAUACACACGGGCCGGCUGCUGGUUGGUACCUUUGUGGCUCUCUUUUUCAACUUAUUUACAAUGCUUUCCAUUAGGAAUAAGCCUUUUGCUUAUGUCUCUGAAGCUGCCAGCACAAGUUGGCUUCAGGAGCAUGUUGCAGAUCUUAGUAGAAGUAUCUGUGGAAUCAUCCCAGGACUGAGUAGCAUCUUUCUCCCACGGAUGAACCCUUUUGUCUUGAUUGAUAUUGCUGGAGCAUUAGCUCUUUGCAUUACGUAUAUGCUGAUUGAAAUCAACAAUUAUUUUGCUGUAGACACAGCCUCUGCUAUAGCAAUUGCUUUGAUGACAUUUGGUACCAUGUAUCCCAUGAGUGUCUACAGUGGGAAAGUUCUACUCCAGACAACCCCACCUCAUGUAAUUGGCCAGUUAGAUAAACUUCUUAGAGAGGUUUCAACUUUGGAUGGUGUCUUGGAAGUUCGAAAUGAGCAUUUCUGGACAUUAGGUUUUGGCACUUUGGCUGGAUCAGUACAUGUUCGAAUUCGGAGAGAUGCAAAUGAACAAAUGGUACUUGCCCAUGUCACUAACAGGCUGUACACAUUGGUCUCUACCUUGACUGUUCAGAUUUUCAAAGAUGACUGGAUCAGACCUACCUUAUCGUCCGUGCCUAUUGCAAACAAUAUUCUGAACCUCUCGGAACAUCACAUUAUUCCAAUGCCACCUUUGAAAGCUGCUGAUAAUUUGAACCCUGUUACAUCCACUCCAGCUAAGCCCAGCAGCCCACCACCAGAAUUUGCUUUUGAUACACCAGGGAAAAAUGUGAGUCCAGUCAUCCUUUUAAACACUCAAACAAGGCCCUAUGGAUUGGGCUUUAAUCAUGGAUCCACACCCUACAGCAAUGUACUUAAUCAAGGAUUUGGAGUACCAGGAAUGGGAGCAACUCAAGGAUUCAGAACUGGUUUUACAAACAUCCCAAGCAGAUAUGGAACAAACACUCGUGGUCAACCCCGACCAUAA